AACCUAACCUAGUUUUACUUUACUUGAUAUUUUUGAUAGCUUAAAUACAAUAUCCAGUUUAAUCUUGUUGUGUAUGCCGUAAUUCGAAGCUUAUUGCAAAUUACUAACUGUAAAUUAAAUAGUAUUAAUUAAUUAUGUCUGAACGAUGUUGUCGUUUGUGUUUAAAUCCAUCUUCUGGAAGUUAUAAAGAUCUUAAUGAUCAGAAUUAUUUAGAUCAAUUUAAACUUGUCAUACCAGAAGAUUUAAUGUUAACGGAAUCACCAAUGAUAUGUUUAAAUUGUUCAAAUUUGCUUUUAACAGCGUAUACAUUUAAAAGAAACUGUUUAGAAACUGAAGACAAACUAAAGUUACUUAUAUCUACUAGUAGUAUGGAAGAAAAGAUGCAGGAAGAUAUAUUUAAUCAAAAAGAAGAACUGUCGGAUGAUAAUUUCUUUGAUGACUCCAUUAAAGAUGAACCAAAUGAAUCAGAUUAUGAUUUAGAGUCAAAAAUGGACAUUCAAAUGAUUGAAGGGCAAGAUAUAAAGUUAUAUAUUUGUAAAUUUUGUGGAAAAAAGUUUUCCUCACAUCGCAGUUGGUACACACACUUUAAACAUCAUACCGGACGUAGAUUUAAUUGUGAAAUUUGUUCAGAAGGAUUUGAUAAACGUUCAGAUUUUAUAAAUCACAAGCAAUCACAUAGAGGGAUGAAUAAAUGUCCUAUUUGUGGAAAAAUCUUUUUAUACAAAGCCGUACUAGAUAGACAUAUAAAGCAACACAAUAAUUUAUGUGAAAAACAAGUUUUUGAAUGCAACGUUUGUGGAUUACAAACCAAACUUAAAUGUAAAUUAAUGGAGCAUAUGAGAAUUCACACAGGAGAACGUCCUUUUAAAUGUUUGUUUUGUAAUAAAACUUUUACACAAUCCAGUACAUUAUCUACUCACGUUAAGGGUGUUCAUUCAAAAGAACGUCCUUUUACAUGUGAAAUUUGUGGAAGGUCUUAUGCCGUGAGAGGACAAUAUACCGCUCAUAUCAGAACUCAUUCAGCGGAUAUACCAAAGAAUUGCGUUUGUAGUUAUUGUGGAAAAUCGUUUAGGAUCGAAAGCAAACUACAGGCGCAUAUUAAAACGCACACAGGAGAGAAACCAAUUGUAUGUCACGUUUGUAGUAAAAGAUUUAGUGAAUUGAACGGUUUAAAGAAGCAUAUGAGAACCCACACUGGAGAGAAACCCUAUGAGUGUGUUAUUUGUCAAAAACGAUUCUCUCAAAAAUAUAACAUGACGAUUCAUUAUAAAAGUUGUUUAAAAAGGAAAACUUUGAGUACAUAAAUAUGGGGAUGGUAUUUAUUUAAUAUAUAUGGUAUAAAAAUUAAUUUUUAAAGUAUAUUUUAUUUGAGAAUAAAUAUAUUAAUAAUAAU